AUGUCUGACGCACCGCACAAUUGUUCCACCCCUUCUAUAGCAGGGAAAGUCUUUGUCUUCUCUAGUCAUACAGAUGGCUUGGUGGACGUUGAAUGCCAUGAAGCACUCGCUCGAUCUACACCAAGCGAGCUCGAGAGUGACGAAGAAGGCGAAGAGUCGGAAGGCGAAGGCGAAAGCGAAGACGAAGACGAUGUCGCAUCUAUUGAAGAAGUCAUCCAAGAAUUGCUGGAAGAGCAUCCUGCUCUGAUUAUCACUGCGGCCAUGGUCUUGGGUGCAUUUUUCUACCCUUUCAUGAAAUCGGUGUUGCUCUUGAUAGCUGCAUUGGCGCCACCCGCCUCGCCAGAACUUACUGGCAUGUCGGCAACUCUUGAAUUCCCUUGCCUCACUACAUAUUUGAUUGUCACUUCUGUCCGUCAUACAAGCUAA